GGCGCUGCGGGGCGGGGGAGGCAGUGCGAGGCAGUGCGGAAAGAGUUAAGGGAAGGUGGCGGGGCAGGCUGGCUGUCGGGAGCGAGCAUGUGCAGAUUGAAACCGCAUCCAUACUACGGGCGAGUGUCACUGGCACACUUCACCUCCCGCCGGCCGCGGGGCACCCAUGGACACCGGAAUAUAUGCUCUUGGUGUGGAUAUCUGAAAAUUUCGUACUUCUCUGUUGAGGCCGUCACUGAAGAACAUGGGUGUCUCCGUUUGUAGAAGAGGAAACUGAGGAAGGCUGUCUGGUUGCUGUAUUAACUGUUGGUCAUACACACCUGGGCUUAAAACAACUGGCAUCUGAAACCCCUUGGACGUGCUGGAGGCAGCCUAGUCUACCUGCGGAUGUUGUGAAUUAGGAACUGGCCAAAGAGUGGGAGAGCUCCAGGAUCCCUCCCCGGAAAAGAGUGCUGCUGGGGUGAGUGCAGAAGAAUGGCUGCGGCAGAACCUCUGACUGCUUUCUCACGAUGGUACCUCUACGCCAUCCACGGCUAUUUCUGUGAGGUGAUGUUCACAGCUGCCUGGGAGUUUGUGGUCAACUUCAACUGGAAGUUCCCUGGUGUUACCAGUGUGUGGGCACUCUUCAUCUAUGGCACCUCCAUCCUCAUCGUGGAGAAGAUGUAUCUGUAUCUCAAAGACAAAUGUAAUAUUUUAGUGCGCUGCUUCAUUUACACACUGUGGACAUACCUCUGGGAGUUCACCACUGGCCUCAUCCUACGCCAGUUUAAUGCCUGCCCGUGGGACUAUUCCCAGUUUGAUUUUGACUUCAUGGGCCUGAUUACCCUGGAGUAUGCCAUCCCAUGGUUUUGUGCUUCUUUCAUCAUGGAGCAGCUGGUGAUCAGAAACACCCUGCGCUUACGAUUUGAUGAGACUGCCGAGCCCGGGGCCCCCACCGCGCCCGUUGCCUUGGCCAAUGGCCACGUGAAGACGGAUUGAGCAGCGACUUAGAGCCAUACUUAGCAAUCUGAGAGAGCCCAGAUCUCUACCACUGACAGUCUGCUCUGGCUCUGAGGUACUGCUCCUUGCUGUAUAAGAUUCAUAACCCCAUUUUUCUAAUGGGGAUGUGCAUGGGAUAUACCAGAAAAAUUGGAACCAAUAGAUUUUCUAUGGAUUUUACUCUUUGGGCUCCAAGGACCAAUAUCAGUUACUUGUUAGUUAGGUCGUUUCUGAUUUUAACUUAUUACUGAUGAAAGCAGUCCUUUUGCUUACACUUUAAAGUGGAGAAAGAAGAAAAAAGAAAUGCUACGGCGGAAAUGCAUCCUAAAAAACCCCACCUAAUCAGUGGAUGGGCAUGGACACGCCAGCUGAGUUAGUGAUUGGCUUACUCCAUUAGGCAAUAUUCAGGUGCUUGCUUGCAACCAAUACCUCCCAUGGGACCUGAGAUGCUGCAGGAACAAGUAAAAUCCAUCUGCUGUGAGAAGUACCUAAGAUUGGCAGUCUGCUGGGGAGGUAGAUGGUGUUCCCCUCACCAGGUCCCACUGGCCUCUCCCCAGGUUCUUUGUUGCACCAUGAAAUAAUCUGGUGCUGGACAUCUUGCUGAACUUACACGGAUAUUAUACUUUUUGAAAUCUCAGUCCUGAUACUUCUGAUACUCAAUAGAAAUAUUUUCUUUCUUCUUUCCUUCUUUUUUUUUCUUCCUUUUUUUUUUUUUCCCCCUAAAAAGGCCUUUAUUGCCAAGUGAAUUUUACCAUAAUCUGUGCUAUCUGAAUCUUGGCAAAAGGCACAUGAAAUAGUGCAAGUCUUCCCAUCUCCUUUGUCCCCCCAAAGCAGAUCUUGCUACAGAUUCCAGCUCCCAUCUCAGCCAUGCAAACCUUGUAGAGACUAUAUAGACCACAAGACUUUUCUGCCUUCCUUUCCAGGGAUUCCUCUGUUUCUGGUGAUAUUGAUGACUUAGUCUGGCUGCAGCCCAUUGUAUUUAAAGGUCAAAACCUUCAUGUGGCUAACCCAGGAUUUGGUCCUCUGGCACUGACUCCAUGUUCCUUCAGCACUGGAAAACAACAAGAAAAACAACAAAAAACAAAACACCUGUCUCUGAAAAGCAUGCACUUCUUCAUGCUCUGCCUGAAUGAAUGGCUUUGAGUUAGGGUGCAAGAGCAGCAGUAGAGAGGUGGAGCAGGAGGGACUGCUGUGGUUUCACUGUAGACCUACCUCCACCAGGGACAGUUUGAAAUUUAACCUAUUGGGAACACUUAUGGAGAACAAGGACAGCUGUGGUGCAGGGAAGGUGUUUGAUAGUGGCAGCCACAAGUUUGUAAUUCACUCUGUCAAGUCUUGACCUUUGAAGUUAGCAAGAAACAGAGAGCUUCCAGCUGUCCGAUGUUUCACUCCUGAACUGAUUUAUGGGGAAGGUUUGCCAGAGUUGUCCCUAAGGCCAGAUUAAUUUUUCUUGUUCUUCCACCACAGUCAGCAGAACUGUACCAGGGAUAAUUUGGCUUGAAAUGCAAAUCUGUUGUAGGAUUCCACUCUUAUUUUGGAAAUAGUUGGGCCAUUUCUGUGUAUGUCCCUUGUCACUGGUAGGGGAUGCUCAGCUAUGAACCUGCUCUUGCCCUGGUGCAGCCGUUCCUGAGAGGAAAAGCAUUGCUGGCCCUGUGAGUAGAAUUGUUUCUUGGUUCUGGUCUUACAGGGCAGUGUUAAUCCUUCUUUGUAUUACACAGAGAGCAAUUACUUUAUUCCUUCCCUUCCCCUUUUCAUAUGGCAUCCAUUGCUGGCAAUGGACACAUGAAAACAGUGGUGGCAAGGAGUUAAUCGAAUCUGCCCUGGAUAUGCAAUGUAUCCCAAAUCACUGAGAAUACUUAGGUGGGUAUUUAGAGUUCCCUUUUUACAGUUCAUUAAAUUAAAAAAGGACAAACACUGAACUGAUAGUUCUUUUGAUGCUGUGAUGCCAGUGUUAUGAAAUCAGAGGAACAGUGUGUAGUUGAUCAGCCUUGUUGGUCUCAGGAGUAUAGACCCAAGCAAAAUAGUCAUCUGAAACUGUACAUGGAGGAAAAAAACCAGCUUUGUGUGGGGGAUAAUGUAGAUGAGCUCUACUGGAGCAGAACAGGAAUUGCAAGGUGCAGAUCAGAGUUGGUAUCCCACCAUUUUGGCCCUGGUUAUGUCACGAUCAUCAAAUGCAGUGUCUAAAGCUGGGUUGUCCUCUCACAGCAUAGCUUAAAAUGUGGUGUUGUGCUGCCUCCUACACCACCCCCACAUCAUGUAAAACCCUCAGCUUUACAGAAAGAUCCUUAGGAUCCCUGCUUUCUCCUUAGCUAUUACAAAACUCUUUGGAAAGGUUGAAAGGAGUUAGCAGUGUGGUGUGGAGGACUGGCUGUCUGCAGAACUAACCUGGUGUGCAAUAGCAGUUGUGUCUGUUAUUGUCUGUACUUAAGAAGGUCCCAUAUAAAUGACACUUUAUUUGUGUUUUGCUGAGUGAUGUAAUAUUUAACUGCUCAAAAUAUGGAGGGUUUCCCAGCAGCAUCUAGUAUUCUAGGGCAUUGUUCUUACUGCCUGUGUCAUUGAAACAGCUGUUGUAGUCUGCUUUCCACUGGUGUCUGACAUGUACCAUCCAGCUAUUGCAUCUUCAUAGAGUGGUAAUUUAUACCCAGAAGUGCACUUUACUUGCAGCUUGCACACCAGAAACAGAAAAGGACCUGGCAAAUUCUUAAAUAAUUUAAUUGUGUAUAAUACCACAUACCUAAUGCAGCAGGAUUAGCCAGACUUCUCCUUUCUGAGCAAUGUGGCUGCUGUCAAAGCUUUGUCUUUUCUGCAAAAUCUCCCUUUUUAAUACAUGUGAUGCUUCUUAUAACAUCUUGCAGAACUGCCCAGAGCACGUCACCAGGAUCUCAGUGGCAGCUCAGUGAGAGCUCGGGAGCUGGACUGAAGUUGAAGAGACAUUUACAUUAAGAAGAAAAAAAACGCACAAGGCCUAACAUUUGUUUGUAUGUGUAUCUUCCUCAGUAGAUUAAAGUUGCCUGUUUUGAGUUCACCAGCAAUAAAAAAACCAUUGUGAUUUA